UUCGCGAUGGAAACAUGGAAUUUGUACAUCGUCCUUAUAUUAGUAACAGUUACAAUACAAAACAUUCAAGCUGUGGACGAUGAUUACAACCUCCUGAACAGAGACGGGUCCUUCCAGUUCGGCUACAACAACGGCGACUCGUUCCACUUCGCCGAUGGCAACAGAAACAACGUUGUAAAGGGCGAAUUUGGCGGACGAAAUCCGGGAACAGGAGCAAUUGAUACGACUGUCUACACCGCUGGACCAAGAGGUUACAGACCUAGAGGCAAGAACGUGCACCGGAAGUACGACUUGAACCAAAACGGCCCGAGGCCGGUGGGCAACAAGGACGACCCCUAUUACGACCCGUACGAGGAUCCCAGCUACAACUUCUCGUUCAGAACCAGGACCUACAACAGGGACGAGGGUGCUAACAGAGUUGGGGACGUCACUGGACGGUACUCGUAUUUGGAUGACGUGGGGGAGAGGCACAAUGUUGAGUAUAUAGCGGGUAAGAAUACAGGUUUCCACGUCAGGACGCCCUUCCCGGACUCGAAUCCCAGAGCUUAUGGACCUUUGUACUUCAACGGGAGGGGUAAACCCAUUCCUAGGGGCAGGACUUCCAUACAACGCGGUCUUGAUGGCAGCUACAGGUUUGUAUCAGCUGGGCCGGAUCAAAGACGUACGGAAGUCAGCGACUCAACAGGUCACGUCCGAGGUUCCUACACCUAUUUGGACGACAAAGGUGUGCAACAUUCGGUUCAUUACAUCGCCGGUCCGGAAACAGGAUACAGGGUGUUGAAGAAUGUUAAAGGCCCCCAUUUACCUACGGUAUUUCCCUUCGGAAGACCAGGAAUAUUGCCUUCAGACUUUUACGACUACUUGGGUGACAAAGGGGAUGUGUUUGACACGGCUGCAAGUGGUAGUCCUGUUAACAAUAACGUUGACAAUAACCUUAAGCCGGGUAAAGAUGAAGUACCCACCUUUGACGGUGGAAUUGACGUGAACAAGGACGACUUUAACAAAUUCAACAACGACUUGGGAUCAUCGACGACUCCUUUCCCAACAAGUCGACCGACAAGACCUUUCGGACCAACUAGACCGUUUGGGGGCGGUGGUGGUGCUAGACCGAAUUACGACGACGACGGUGGGGACUCAGAUUUUGACUUGUUCGGUGACGGUGGUGGUGGAAGUACGACAGCUAAACCAUACGAUGACGGCUCUUACAGUACCACAACGGGUAGACCCUCAAGCAGGCCGACUUCAACUACAACAUCCAGACCUUUCGGUGGAGGAGCAUCCACUGGCUUCGGUGACAGUUCCGAGGACUUUGGUUCUAGACCAAGACCAGGAGGUGGUAGUAGUAGCACACCUCGACCAUCAACUGACGAUGACUUCAGCAGCUUCGGUGGAGACAGUGGAAGACCUACAGGUGGAAGGCCUGGAGGCGGUAGACCGAGUAGACCUAAUUACGACGACCUGGGCGAUGGGUCUGAUGAUUUCGGCCUUUUUGGCAGCGAAUCGAACUCGCGACCCCCAUUGCCCAGCAGGCCGGGGCACUUCGGCAUAAGUGAAGGUAAUGACGGACGCGACUGUCCUAAAUGCAGGGGUACAAUUGUGACUAACGUGGGCUAUCGUACGUUCUCGGUGCCACCCGGUGUAUCGGUCCGAGCUCAUGUGCAAGCCAUUGAUUUGUUGCCUCUUUCAGAGAGUGUUCGAUCACCCAGUGACCAAUUCAAUGAAGAUACCCUGAUUAAAACUGAACAGCUGAACGAGGCACCUUCGAACCAUAACUCCACCACGGUGGUUAGCACCACGUCCGCCAAAAACACUGCCAAAGAUAUCACGACCACGGUCGCACCCACUACGUAUAACUCGACAAGUACUUAGAUCUCUGUUAGUGUGUAAAUAGUUUUUAAGGUACUGUAAAAAGGGAUUAUUUAUUAAAAGACUACUUUAAGGCUA